CUCAUUCAUCUAUCGGACAAUAAUCACGUACCUCAGGAAUGUCCUAUUGCUCCUGAAAUGUCCAGUCGUGAGUGCCUCCAUUUUGUGCAUCUGAUGUUUGCCUGUCUCGACGACUUUGUUGUUGGUUGGUGCUCAGCACAUACGAACACAGCUGUCGAUCUGGCCGAACUGACACGUCUGGGUCUUGUUCUGGCCCUCUCUAUCAAACGUUUCUUCGGUUUGAAUUGGCUUGGCAAUUUACUGCUGCGAGCGACGCAGCGCGCAGCAGAAAACUUGAAUGAUGGCUUUGUCUGCCUCGGUUCCGAGGAUGGGCCAAUAAUGACCAUGUUACUUUCCCUCUCCUCCAACGAUUUCUCUUGGAAACACAAAGUGAAGGGGACGGAGACUUACCACUACUCGUUUCUGAGAAUUUGGGCUCCAGAUUUAAAUUUUUCGCUUUCGAAAUCGUUGGUUGUUGACGCAGUUCACCGCAAUAUUUGCGAGAUAUUCACCACUAAGGCUCUCGAGUGCAUUGUCUCUGCGAAUCUUGAGCCACCUUCGCCCUUCAAAGCAUACAUGAAGGAAAUAAAGCGUCUCACAUUGCUCCUAUACGGUGAGAAGUCGUCCUUCCUCAGAUCUCAGGCCAGCGACGAGGGCUCCGAGACAUCUUUCUCGCUAAUCGACGGCGAAAGUGAUUUGAGAGCGGUGUGGGAGGAGAAAAGAAAGAAGAUCGAUGCAAUCAACCCUUGGCGGCUGUCAAUUCUCAGACUGGCCGGCAAAUGGUAUGCCGGCUCUCUCGACUUUGAGGACAUUGAGCCAAAUGGACACAUCACUCCAUGCCUGUCAAGUAGACAUGGCGAUGCUCAGCUAAUUUCGCUGGCUUAUAAGUAA